AAGCGUAGGGUUAGUAUAUGUGGGUUACUUAUAAUUUUGUAAUCAGUCAAGUUGAUUUUAUCCAAUACCAACUGGAACUGAAGGCGGUAUACACAUCAUGUAACCAAGAUUGUAGCAUGGUAAGUUAAUCUGUGAAUCCACUUUUAAACGUUGUGAUAGGUUGCUCCAUUUUCAAAUACUUUAUUUUAGUUAAAUAAUGUGUGCAGGGGUUCUGUGCUUUAAUUUGUUUUCUCCAGUUUACCAGUACUACUAUUAGUACUAAUACUAAUACUAAGGAGUCAAUAAUUUUUACACCUACGCUAAGUCUGUUAUCAACCAAGCCUACAAUUGUAUAUUUCUCUUAAUUCUAUCCAGUUCACACUGUGAAGGUUUGGAAGAUACACGUCUCCUUGCAUUAUGCGGAGCUUCCAUUAUAACGAUAAGGCAUCUUGUGAAUAAACGGCAGCACACUUUCGAAUUUUCAGCCUUAUUUCUGUUUUCUUUGUUUUUUUGUUGUUUUUUUUGAUACACCGUUUUUCUUAUAAUCAUCAUCAUCAAUAAUUUAUAAUAUUUAUUUCUUGCAAAUUCAAUAUUUCAUGGAAUAAAUAUAAUGAAAUGGCAAUGAUCAAGUCAUCGUAUAUAUGUGAUUGAGAAUACAUAAAUAUUAUCCAGAGAGAAAAGUCCUUUCUCAACUCACUUGCACUUUUGUUUUCUCCGUCGAUAUUUCAGAUCAAUCAGCUUUCAAUACACAAAUAAAAAUAAAAUAAUAAUAACAAUAAGAAUAAUGAAGACAAAUGCUUUUGAUAUACUAUCCUGUUUAUCAAACUUUAUUAUACCAUGUUUUGCUGCUACAGAACUUAUGGAGACAUAAUCCUUCACAUUGAUAUCAAUUCAAACGAUUAAAUUACUCUCCUGUUUUCUAUUCAACCAACCGAAUACACCUAGUGUUGUGUUGUGUUGUGUAUACAUAAUUUUACAAAUAUUAACAAUAAAUCUGGAAGCUACCUGCUUUAUAUAAUUCAAUAAAAACGAAUCUACUACUAACCAUGUCUACUGAUAAAUUGCAUAAAUCUGAUGAAUGCGCUCAAAUUGAACAACAAGUAGUCAAGGAAAAUCUAAUUGAAGAUGAUUACAAAGUCAAAUUACAUGAUGAUGAUGAUGAAGUCUACAAAACUCUAACAGAUCCUGUGAGUGAAAAAUCAAAACUAUCCGAUGUUUGGGAGACUAGUCAUACACCGCCAUUAGAAUCAACAUUGACAAAAAGUCCAAUGAAAUCUAGUAAUACAAAUUUAGACGACAAAAAAGGUAGUCAUGACGAUCCUGGUAUUGAUGAAGACAAUAAACAUAAAUUAUCAUCUAGUAGUGAUCUACUGAAAGAUAAUUCGAAUUAUCGAAUGACAGACGAUUAUGAAACCUAUUUAUCGUGUAUUGAAAAGGAUAUUUGUACAGAAUUUGAUAAUCCCAUGUAUAUACCGAUUAAAUUACCGUUAAGCAGUAAUUUAUACGUUCCAGUAUAUUAUGUACAGUCAAGUGAAGAAGCUUCACCUAAAUCACAUAAACAUAAUGUGGAUUAUAAUGAUAGUAAUAUUAAUAAUUCAACGGUAAGUCACAAGUUUAUAUUGUCUGAUGAUAAUGCUUAUCUAAGAGGAAAUGAUUCACCUGCUGCUAGACUAGAAGCUGAUCAUCAUAUAAAUACUAAUAAUCAGGGAUAUGAUAACUAUGUAUUACCGCACUACACCUCUGAAAUUAGUCCAGAUCACUGUGAUUUAAAAAUGUGUCAGGUAGAGAUGACAUCUGAUAAACUGCCAGUUAAUCUGAAGCAUUCAGGGAAAAAAUUAAGAUCAAAAUCCGAUAAACCGGUUAAAGAAAAGACAAUUUUCAAGAAGACUAAGUCAAAGACCGAAAAGUCAAAAGAUGAACAGUCCACGCCUAUCUCAAAGAACAAGGAACGACAUAAAGAUACUACUGGUUGUUCGCCAAGAUUAAAAAUAAAAAAGAAGGUCAGAAAUAACAAUGAUAAGGAGAAAAUCAAACGGGAGACAUCGAAAAAAGACAGUUUCAGGGAAGUAAGUGAGAAGUCAGAAGACAAUCAAGGUUUCAUCGACAUCCAAAACGACACUAUGAGCAAUAAACCUAUGCGUAUUAAAAGAGGUGGCAAAACAGCUGUCGAUAAAAAGAAAAACAGCAAGAAAUUAUUCCACAAAACGACGCCAAAUUCCAAACAAGACGACUACACAAUAAGUGUAGAACAUCAAGGAGACGACAGUAAUCUCAGGGAAAAGUCGAAAAACAAAAUCAAACAGCCGAAAAAUUGGAAAAUAUGCGUCCCAAACAGAAGUCACAAAAUAAAUAAAAACAUCACGCCAAUAAAAGUAAAAAACCAAACAAAUCAAGAAAAUCAACCAACACAAGAAAUAUACGAAACAGAUGUAAAUGAAAAUUUACCCACCACAAAAAUUGAAAGCACAAAAGAAUUCAUUAUAGAAAAAGAAAACAAAACAAAUAAAACCGCAGACACAAACAUCAAACCAAAAAUCAAACACAGAUUCCCUGAAAGACAGACGAAAUUAAAAGCAUCGAAAGCUGCUGAGAAGAUGGAGGGAGAGGGAGGUGCGAAGGUAGAUUUGGACGCCGGACUGGACGCCCACAUUGAUGGCAAAGCAAGCAAAGGAGGUAAGAAAUUCCACUGGUCUCCGAAGUUCGGGUUCCCGAAGGGUGGUCUGAAGAUAGGUGGUGGUGCCAAAACGCCGGACGCCUCAAUAUCUGUCUCGGCUCCGACUGGUGGUGUUGAUGUCUCAGUUCCGAAACCCGAUCUCGACGUCUCCUUGGAGGUUCCUGAUGUGGAGGUAUCUGCGUCUGUGCCGGAAAUCGGCGUGUCAGGUGGUGCAGGUAGAGGUGGAGAGUUGGGAGUGACUGGACAGGUCUCGGCUCCCGAUGUGGACGUCAGUGUUCCAUCGAAGAAGUUCACCUUCGGUUGGGGCUCCAAAGGCAAGAAGGCGAAGAAGGCGAAGUUGCCGAAGGUGUUGGGAGACAUAGGUGCUGGUGUCGAUGUCAGUGGGAAGGUUGAUGUUCCGAGUGUUGAGGUUGAUGUGGACGCAGGUGCUCAUGGCAAAGGUAAGAAGUUCAACUGGUCACCUAAAAUCACUUUGCCAAAGUUCAAGAUGCACAUGCCAGAGGUGUCUGGAAAACUGCAUGCAGAUGCACCCGAUGUGAGUGUGAGUGGAACUGGUCCAUCUGUGGAAUUGCCAUCAUUGAGAGCCAGUGGUAAUUUGCCGAGUGUCGACGUGUCCCUUCCAGACGCAUCGUUAACAGGUGAUCUCUCUGGUAAGCUGGAUCUAGAUGGGACUGGCGUGAAGAUCAACGACGCUGAUUUGAAACUGCCUGACUUGGAGAUAUCAGGAGGUGUGAGUGCACCGUCUGUGGAGGGUGACUUGUCCAUUCCUCAGGUGUCUGCCGGUCUGGAUACAGAUGUGAAACUACCCAGUGCUGAAUUGGACGUGAAAUUGCCUAGUGUACAGCUGACCGGUCCAGAUCUCGACGUGCAUGGUGUAGCGCCAGAUGCAGGUGUGAGUGCGAGUGUCGACGUUCCCAAACCGCAUAUUUCAAUCAAGGCACCGAAAUUCGGUUUCGGUUUUGGUAAUAAGAAGGCGAAAUUGAAGACACCGAAAGCUGGUGUGAAGGUGGAGGGAGAGGGAGGUGCGAAGGUAGAUUUGGACGCCGGACUGGACGCCCACAUUGAUGGCAAAGCAAGCAAAGGAGGUAAGAAAUUCCACUGGUCUCCGAAGUUCGGGUUCCCGAAGGGUGGUCUGAAGAUAGGUGGUGGUGCCAAAACGCCGGACGCCUCAAUAUCUGUCUCGGCUCCGACUGGUGGUGUUGAUGUCUCAGUUCCGAAACCCGAUCUCGACGUCUCCUUGGAGGUUCCUGAUGUGGAGGUAUCUGCGUCUGUGCCGGAAAUCGGCGUGUCAGGUGGUGCAGGUAGAGGUGGAGAGUUGGGAGUGACUGGACAGGUCUCGGCUCCCGAUGUGGACGUCAGUGUUCCAUCGAAGAAGUUCACCUUCGGUUGGGGCUCCAAAGGCAAGAAGGCGAAGAAGGCGAAGUUGCCGAAGGUGUCGGGAGACAUAGGUGCUGGUGUCGAUGUCAGUGGGAAGGUUGAUGUUCCGAGUGUUGAGGUUGAUGUGGACGCAGGUGCUCAUGGCAAAGGUAAGAAGUUCAACUGGUCACCUAAAAUCACUUUGCCAAAGUUCAAGAUGCACAUGCCAGAGGUGUCUGGAAAACUGCAUGCAGAUGCACCCGAUGUGAGUGUGAGUGGAACUGGUCCAUCUGUGGAAUUGCCAUCAUUGAGAGCCAGUGGUAAUUUGCCGAGUGUCGACGUGUCCCUUCCAGACGCAUCGUUAACAGGUGAUCUCUCUGGUAAGCUGGAUCUAGAUGGGACUGGCGUGAAGAUCAACGACGCUGAUUUGAAACUGCCUGACUUGGAGAUAUCAGGAGGUGUGAGUGCACCGUCUGUGGAGGGUGACUUGUCCAUUCCUCAGGUGUCUGCCGGUCUGGAUACAGAUGUGAAACUACCCAGUGCUGAAUUGGACGUGAAAUUGCCUAGUGUACAGCUGACCGGUCCAGAUCUCGACGUGCAUGGUGUAGCGCCAGAUGCAGGUGUGAGUGCGAGUGUCGACGUUCCCAAACCGCAUAUUUCAAUCAAGGCACCGAAAUUCGGUUUCGGUUUUGGUAAUAAGAAGGCGAAAUUGAAGACACCGAAAGCUGGUGUGAAGGUGGAGGGAGAGGGAGGUGCGAAGGUAGAUUUGGACGCCGGACUGGACGCCCACAUUGAUGGCAAAGCAAGCAAAGGAGGUAAGAAAUUCCACUGGUCUCCGAAGUUCGGGUUCCCGAAGGGUGGUCUGAAGAUAGGUGGUGGUGCCAAAACGCCGGACGCCUCAAUAUCUGUCUCGGCUCCGACUGGUGGUGUUGAUGUCUCAGUUCCGAAACCCGAUCUCGACGUCUCCUUGGAGGUUCCUGAUGUGGAGGUAUCUGCGUCUGUGCCGGAAAUCGGCGUGUCAGGUGGUGCAGGUAGAGGUGGAGAGUUGGGAGUGACUGGACAGGUCUCGGCUCCCGAUGUGGACGUCAGUGUUCCAUCGAAGAAGUUCACCUUCGGUUGGGGCUCCAAAGGCAAGAAGGCGAAGAAGGCGAAGUUGCCGAAGGUGUCGGGAGACAUAGGUGCUGGUGUCGAUGUCAGUGGGAAGGUUGAUGUUCCGAGUGUUGAGGUUGAUGUGGACGCAGGUGCUCAUGGCAAAGGUAAGAAGUUCAACUGGUCACCUAAAAUCACUUUGCCAAAGUUCAAGAUGCACAUGCCAGAGGUGUCUGGAAAACUGCAUGCAGAUGCACCCGAUGUGAGUGUGAGUGGAACUGGUCCAUCUGUGGAAUUGCCAUCAUUGAGAGCCAGUGGUAAUUUGCCGAGUGUCGACGUGUCCCUUCCAGACGCAUCGUUAACAGGUGAUCUCUCUGGUAAGCUGGAUCUAGAUGGGACUGGCGUGAAGAUCAACGACGCUGAUUUGAAACUGCCUGACUUGGAGAUAUCAGGAGGUGUGAGUGCACCGUCUGUGGAGGGUGACUUGUCCAUUCCUCAGGUGUCUGCCGGUCUGGAUACAGAUGUGAAACUACCCAGUGCUGAAUUGGACGUGAAAUUGCCUAGUGUACAGCUGACCGGUCCAGAUCUCGACGUGCAUGGUGUAGCGCCAGAUGCAGGUGUGAGUGCGAGUGUCGACGUUCCCAAACCGCAUACUUCAAUCAAGGCACCGAAAUUCGGUUUCGGUUUUGGUAAUAAGAAGGCGAAAUUGAAGACACCGAAAGCUGGUGUGAAGGUGGAGGGAGAGGGAGGUGCGAAGGUAGAUUUGGACGCCGGACUGGACGCCCACAUUGAUGGCAAAGCAAGCAAAGGAGGUAAGAAAUUCCACUGGUCUCCGAAGUUCGGGUUCCCGAAGGGUGGUCUGAAGAUAGGUGGUGGUGCCAAAACGCCGGACGCCUCAAUAUCUGUCUCGGCUCCGACUGGUGGUGUUGAUGUCUCAGUUCCGAAACCCGAUCUCGACGUCUCCUUGGAGGUUCCUGAUGUGGAGGUAUCUGCGUCUGUGCCGGAAAUCGGCGUGUCAGGUGGUGCAGGUAGAGGUGGAGAGUUGGGAGUGACUGGACAGGUCUCGGCUCCCGAUGUGGACGUCAGUGUUCCAUCGAAGAAGUUCACCUUCGGUUGGGGCUCCAAAGGCAAGAAGGCGAAGAAGGCGAAGUUGCCGAAGGUGUCGGGAGACAUAGGUGCUGGUGUCGAUGUCAGUGGGAAGGUUGAUGUUCCGAGUGUUGAGGUUGAUGUGGACGCAGGUGCUCAUGGCAAAGGUAAGAAGUUCAACUGGUCACCUAAAAUCACUUUGCCAAAGUUCAAGAUGCACAUGCCAGAGGUGUCUGGAAAACUGCAUGCAGAUGCACCCGAUGUGAGUGUGAGUGGAACUGGUCCAUCUGUGGAAUUGCCAUCAUUGAGAGCCAGUGGUAAUUUGCCGAGUGUCGACGUGUCCCUUCCAGACGCAUCGUUAACAGGUGAUCUCUCUGGUAAGCUGGAUCUAGAUGGGACUGGCGUGAAGAUCAACGACGCUGAUUUGAAACUGCCUGACUUGGAGAUAUCAGGAGGUGUGAGUGCACCGUCUGUGGAGGGUGACUUGUCCAUUCCUCAGGUGUCUGCCGGUCUGGAUACAGAUGUGAAACUACCCAGUGCUGAAUUGGACGUGAAAUUGCCUAGUGUACAGCUGACCGGUCCAGAUCUCGACGUGCAUGGUGUAGCGCCAGAUGCAGGUGUGAGUGCGAGUGUCGACGUUCCCAAACCGCAUAUUUCAAUCAAGGCACCGAAAUUCGGUUUCGGUUUUGGUAAUAAGAAGGCGAAAUUGAAGACACCGAAAGCUGGUGUGAAGGUGGAGGGAGAGGGAGGUGCGAAGGUAGAUUUGGACGCCGGACUGGACGCCCACAUUGAUGGCAAAGCAAGCAAAGGAGGUAAGAAAUUCCACUGGUCUCCGAAGUUCGGGUUCCCGAAGGGUGGUCUGAAGAUAGGUGGUGGUGCCAAAACGCCGGACGCCUCAAUAUCUGUCUCGGCUCCGACUGGUGGUGUUGAUGUCUCAGUUCCGAAACCCGAUCUCGACGUCUCCUUGGAGGUUCCUGAUGUGGAGGUAUCUGCGUCUGUGCCGGAAAUCGGCGUGUCAGGUGGUGCAGGUAGAGGUGGAGAGUUGGGAGUGACUGGACAGGUCUCGGCUCCCGAUGUGGACGUCAGUGUUCCAUCGAAGAAGUUCACCUUCGGUUGGGGCUCCAAAGGCAAGAAGGCGAAGAAGGCGAAGUUGCCGAAGGUGUCGGGAGACAUAGGUGCUGGUGUCGAUGUCAGUGGGAAGGUUGAUGUUCCGAGUGUUGAGGUUGAUGUGGACGCAGGUGCUCAUGGCAAAGGUAAGAAGUUCAACUGGUCACCUAAAAUCACUUUGCCAAAGUUCAAGAUGCACAUGCCAGAGGUGUCUGGAAAACUGCAUGCAGAUGCACCCGAUGUGAGUGUGAGUGGAACUGGUCCAUCUGUGGAAUUGCCAUCAUUGAGAGCCAGUGGUAAUUUGCCGAGUGUCGACGUGUCCCUUCCAGACGCAUCGUUAACAGGUGAUCUCUCUGGUAAGCUGGAUCUAGAUGGGACUGGCGUGAAGAUCAACGACGCUGAUUUGAAACUGCCUGACUUGGAGAUAUCAGGAGGUGUGAGUGCACCGUCUGUGGAGGGUGACUUGUCCAUUCCUCAGGUGUCUGCCGGUCUGGAUACAGAUGUGAAACUACCCAGUGCUGAAUUGGACGUGAAAUUGCCUAGUGUACAGCUGACCGGUCCAGAUCUCGACGUGCAUGGUGUAGCGCCAGAUGCAGGUGUGAGUGCGAGUGUCGACGUUCCCAAACCGCAUAUUUCAAUCAAGGCACCGAAAUUCGGUUUCGGUUUUGGUAAUAAGAAGGCGAAAUUGAAGACACCGAAAGCUGGUGUGAAGGUGGAGGGAGAGGGAGGUGCGAAGGUAGAUUUGGACGCCGGACUGGACGCCCACAUUGAUGGCAAAGCAAGCAAAGGAGGUAAGAAAUUCCACUGGUCUCCGAAGUUCGGGUUCCCGAAGGGUGGUCUGAAGAUAGGUGGUGGUGCCAAAACGCCGGACGCCUCAAUAUCUGUCUCGGCUCCGACUGGUGGUGUUGAUGUCUCAGUUCCGAAACCCGAUCUCGACGUCUCCUUGGAGGUUCCUGAUGUGGAGGUAUCUGCGUCUGUGCCGGAAAUCGGCGUGUCAGGUGGUGCAGGUAGAGGUGGAGAGUUGGGAGUGACUGGACAGGUCUCGGCUCCCGAUGUGGACGUCAGUGUUCCAUCGAAGAAGUUCACCUUCGGUUGGGGCUCCAAAGGCAAGAAGGCGAAGAAGGCGAAGUUGCCGAAGGUGUCGGGAGACAUAGGUGCUGGUGUCGAUGUCAGUGGGAAGGUUGAUGUUCCGAGUGUUGAGGUUGAUGUGGACGCAGGUGCUCAUGGCAAAGGUAAGAAGUUCAACUGGUCACCUAAAAUCACUUUGCCAAAGUUCAAGAUGCACAUGCCAGAGGUGUCUGGAAAACUGCAUGCAGAUGCACCCGAUGUGAGUGUGAGUGGAACUGGUCCAUCUGUGGAAUUGCCAUCAUUGAGAGCCAGUGGUAAUUUGCCGAGUGUCGACGUGUCCCUUCCAGACGCAUCGUUAACAGGUGAUCUCUCUGGUAAGCUGGAUCUAGAUGGGACUGGCGUGAAGAUCAACGACGCUGAUUUGAAACUGCCUGACUUGGAGAUAUCAGGAGGUGUGAGUGCACCGUCUGUGGAGGGUGACUUGUCCAUUCCUCAGGUGUCUGCCGGUCUGGAUACAGAUGUGAAACUACCCAGUGCUGAAUUGGACGUGAAAUUGCCUAGUGUACAGCUGACCGGUCCAGAUCUCGACGUGCAUGGUGUAGCGCCAGAUGCAGGUGUGAGUGCGAGUGUCGACGUUCCCAAACCGCAUAUUUCAAUCAAGGCACCGAAAUUCGGUUUCGGUUUUGGUAAUAAGAAGGCGAAAUUGAAGACACCGAAAGCUGGUGUGAAGGUGGAGGGAGAGGGAGGUGCGAAGGUAGAUUUGGACGCCGGACUGGACGCCCACAUUGAUGGCAAAGCAAGCAAAGGAGGUAAGAAAUUCCACUGGUCUCCGAAGUUCGGGUUCCCGAAGGGUGGUCUGAAGAUAGGUGGUGGUGCCAAAAAGCCGGACGCCUCAAUAUCUGUCUCGGCUCCGACUGGUGGUGUUGAUGUCUCAGUUCCGAAACCCGAUCUCGACGUCUCCUUGGAGGUUCCUGAUGUGGAGGUAUCUGCGUCUGUGCCGGAAAUCGGCGUGUCAGGUGGUGCAGGUAGAGGUGGAGAGUUGGGAGUGACUGGACAGGUCUCGGCUCCCGAUGUGGACGUCAGUGUUCCAUCGAAGAAGUUCACCUUCGGUUGGGGCUCCAAAGGCAAGAAGGCGAAGAAGGCGAAGUUGCCGAAGGUGUCGGGAGACAUAGGUGCUGGUGUCGAUGUCAGUGGGAAGGUUGAUGUUCCGAGUGUUGAGGUUGAUGUGGACGCAGGUGCUCAUGGCAAAGGUAAGAAGUUCAACUGGUCACCUAAAAUCACUUUGCCAAAGUUCAAGAUGCACAUGCCAGAGGUGUCUGGAAAACUGCAUGCAGAUGCACCCGAUGUGAGUGUGAGUGGAACUGGUCCAUCUGUGGAAUUGCCAUCAUUGAGAGCCAGUGGUAAUUUGCCGAGUGUCGACGUGUCCCUUCCAGACGCAUCGUUAACAGGUGAUCUCUCUGGUAAGCUGGAUCUAGAUGGGACUGGCGUGAAGAUCAACGACGCUGAUUUGAAACUGCCUGACUUGGAGAUAUCAGGAGGUGUGAGUGCACCGUCUGUGGAGGGUGACUUGUCCAUUCCUCAGGUGUCUGCCGGUCUGGAUACAGAUGUGAAACUACCCAGUGCUGAAUUGGACGUGAAAUUGCCUAGUGUACAGCUGACCGGUCCAGAUCUCGACGUGCAUGGUGUAGCGCCAGAUGCAGGUGUGAGUGCGAGUGUCGACGUUCCCAAACCGCAUAUUUCAAUCAAGGCACCGAAAUUCGGUUUCGGUUUUGGUAAUAAGAAGGCGAAAUUGAAGACACCGAAAGCUGGUGUGAAGGUGGAGGGAGAGGGAGGUGCGAAGGUAGAUUUGGACGCCGGACUGGACGCCCACAUUGAUGGCAAAGCAAGCAAAGGAGGUAAGAAAUUCCACUGGUCUCCGAAGUUCGGGUUCCCGAAGGGUGGUCUGAAGAUAGGUGGUGGUGCCAAAACGCCGGACGCCUCAAUAUCUGUCUCGGCUCCGACUGGUGGUGUUGAUGUCUCAGUUCCGAAACCCGAUCUCGACGUCUCCUUGGAGGUUCCUGAUGUGGAGGUAUCUGCGUCUGUGCCGGAAAUCGGCGUGUCAGGUGGUGCAGGUAGAGGUGGAGAGUUGGGAGUGACUGGACAGGUCUCGGCUCCCGAUGUGGACGUCAGUGUUCCAUCGAAGAAGUUCACCUUCGGUUGGGGCUCCAAAGGCAAGAAGGCGAAGAAGGCGAAGUUGCCGAAGGUGUCGGGAGACAUAGGUGCUGGUGUCGAUGUCAGUGGGAAGGUUGAUGUUCCGAGUGUUGAGGUUGAUGUGGACGCAGGUGCUCAUGGCAAAGGUAAGAAGUUCAACUGGUCACCUAAAAUCACUUUGCCAAAGUUCAAGAUGCACAUGCCAGAGGUGUCUGGAAAACUGCAUGCAGAUGCACCCGAUGUGAGUGUGAGUGGAACUGGUCCAUCUGUGGAAUUGCCAUCAUUGAGAGCCAGUGGUAAUUUGCCGAGUGUCGACGUGUCCCUUCCAGACGCAUCGUUAACAGGUGAUCUCUCUGGUAAGCUGGAUCUAGAUGGGACUGGCGUGAAGAUCAACGACGCUGAUUUGAAACUGCCUGACUUGGAGAUAUCAGGAGGUGUGAGUGCACCGUCUGUGGAGGGUGACUUGUCCAUUCCUCAGGUGUCUGCCGGUCUGGAUACAGAUGUGAAACUACCCAGUGCUGAAUUGGACGUGAAAUUGCCUAGUGUACAGCUGACCGGUCCAGAUCUCGACGUGCAUGGUGUAGCGCCAGAUGCAGGUGUGAGUGCGAGUGUCGACGUUCCCAAACCGCAUAUUUCAAUCAAGGCACCGAAAUUCGGUUUCGGUUUUGGUAAUAAGAAGGCGAAAUUGAAGACACCGAAAGCUGGUGUGAAGGUGGAGGGAGAGGGAGGUGCGAAGGUAGAUUUGGACGCCGGACUGGACGCCCACAUUGAUGGCAAAGCAAGCAAAGGAGGUAAGAAAUUCCACUGGUCUCCGAAGUUCGGGUUCCCGAAGGGUGGUCUGAAGAUAGGUGGUGGUGCCAAAAAGCCGGACGCCUCAAUAUCUGUCUCGGCUCCGACUGGUGGUGUUGAUGUCUCAGUUCCGAAACCCGAUCUCGACGUCUCCUUGGAGGUUCCUGAUGUGGAGGUAUCUGCGUCUGUGCCGGAAAUCGGCGUGUCAGGUGGUGCAGGUAGAGGUGGAGAGUUGGGAGUGACUGGACAGGUCUCGGCUCCCGAUGUGGACGUCAGUGUUCCAUCGAAGAAGUUCACCUUCGGUUGGGGCUCCAAAGGCAAGAAGGCGAAGAAGGCGAAGUUGCCGAAGGUGUCGGGAGACAUAGGUGCUGGUGUCGAUGUCAGUGGGAAGGUUGAUGUUCCGAGUGUUGAGGUUGAUGUGGACGCAGGUGCUCAUGGCAAAGGUAAGAAGUUCAACUGGUCACCUAAAAUCACUUUGCCAAAGUUCAAGAUGCACAUGCCAGAGGUGUCUGGAAAACUGCAUGCAGAUGCACCCGAUGUGAGUGUGAGUGGAACUGGUCCAUCUGUGGAAUUGCCAUCAUUGAGAGCCAGUGGUAAUUUGCCGAGUGUCGACGUGUCCCUUCCAGACGCAUCGUUAACAGGUGAUCUCUCUGGUAAGCUGGAUCUAGAUGGGACUGGCGUGAAGAUCAACGACGCUGAUUUGAAACUGCCUGACUUGGAGAUAUCAGGAGGUGUGAGUGCACCGUCUGUGGAGGGUGACUUGUCCAUUCCUCAGGUGUCUGCCGGUCUGGAUACAGAUGUGAAACUACCCAGUGCUGAAUUGGACGUGAAAUUGCCUAGUGUACAGCUGACCGGUCCAGAUCUCGACGUGCAUGGUGUAGCGCCAGAUGCAGGUGUGAGUGCGAGUGUCGACGUUCCCAAACCGCAUAUUUCAAUCAAGGCACCGAAAUUCGGUUUCGGUUUUGGUAAUAAGAAGGCGAAAUUGAAGACACCGAAAGCUGGUGUGAAGGUGGAGGGAGAGGGAGGUGCGAAGGUAGAUUUGGACGCCGGACUGGACGCCCACAUUGAUGGCAAAGCAAGCAAAGGAGGUAAGAAAUUCCACUGGUCUCCGAAGUUCGGGUUCCCGAAGGGUGGUCUGAAGAUAGGUGGUGGUGCCAAAAAGCCGGACGCCUCAAUAUCUGUCUCGGCUCCGACUGGUGGUGUUGAUGUCUCAGUUCCAAAACCCGAUCUCGACGUCUCCUUGGAGGUUCCUGAUGUGGAGGUAUCUGCGUCUGUGCCGGAAAUCGGCGUGUCAGGUGGUGCAGGUAGAGGUGGAGAGUUGGGAGUGACUGGACAGGUCUCGGCUCCCGAUGUGGACGUCAGUGUUCCAUCGAAGAAGUUCACCUUCGGUUGGGGCUCCAGAGGCAAGAAGGCGAAGAAGGCGAAGUUGCCGAAGGUGUCGGGAGACAUAGGUGCUGGUGUCGAUGUCAGUGGGAAGGUUGAUGUUCCGAGUGUUGAGGUUGAUGUGGACGCAGGUGCUCAUGGCAAAGGUAAGAAGUUCAACUGGUCACCUAAAAUCACUUUGCCAAAGUUCAAGAUGCACAUGCCAGAGGUGUCUGGAAAACUGCAUGCAGAUGCACCCGAUGUGAGUGUGAGUGGAACUGGUCCAUCUGUGGAAUUGCCAUCAUUGAGAGCCAGUGGUAAUUUGCCGAGUGUCGACGUGUCCCUUCCAGACGCAUCGUUAACAGGUGAUCUCUCUGGUAAGCUGGAUCUAGAUGGGACUGGCGUGAAGAUCAACGACGCUGAUUUGAAACUGCCUGACUUGGAGAUAUCAGGAGGUGUGAGUGCACCGUCUGUGGAGGGUGACUUGUCCAUUCCUCAGGUGUCUGCCGGUCUGGAUACAGAUGUGAAACUACCCAGUGCUGAAUUGGACGUGAAAUUGCCUAGUGUACAGCUGACCGGUCCAGAUCUCGACGUGCAUGGUGUAGCGCCAGAUGCAGGUGUGAGUGCGAGUGUCGACGUUCCCAAACCGCAUAUUUCAAUCAAGGCACCGAAAUUCGGUUUCGGUUUUGGUAAUAAGAAGGCGAAAUUGAAGACACCGAAAGCUGGUGUGAAGGUGGAGGGAGAGGGAGGUGCGAAGGUAGAUUUGGACGCCGGACUGGACGCCCACAUUGAUGGCAAAGCAAGCAAAGGAGGUAAGAAAUUCCACUGGUCUCCGAAGUUCGGGUUCCCGAAGGGUGGUCUGAAGAUAGGUGGUGGUGCCAAAAAGCCGGACGCCUCAAUAUCUGUCUCGGCUCCGACUGGUGGUGUUGAUGUCUCAGUUCCGAAACCCGAUCUCGACGUCUCCUUGGAGGUUCCUGAUGUGGAGGUAUCUGCGUCUGUGCCGGAAAUCGGCGUGUCAGGUGGUGCAGGUAGAGGUGGAGAGUUGGGAGUGACUGGACAGGUCUCGGCUCCCGAUGUGGACGUCAGUGUUCCAUCGAAGAAGUUCACCUUCGGUUGGGGCUCCAAAGGCAAGAAGGCGAAGAAGGCGAAGUUGCCGAAGGUGUCGGGAGACAUAGGUGCUGGUGUCGAUGUCAGUGGGAAGGUUGAUGUUCCGAGUGUUGAGGUUGAUGUGGACGCAGGUGCUCAUGGCAAAGGUAAGAAGUUCAACUGGUCACCUAAAAUCACUUUGCCAAAGUUCAAGAUGCACAUGCCAGAGGUGUCUGGAAAACUGCAUGCAGAUGCACCCGAUGUGAGUGUGAGUGGAACUGGUCCAUCUGUGGAAUUGCCAUCAUUGAGAGCCAGUGGUAAUUUGCCGAGUGUCGACGUGUCCCUUCCAGACGCAUCGUUAACAGGUGAUCUCUCUGGUAAGCUGGAUCUAGAUGGGACUGGUGUGAAGAUCAACGACGCUGAUUUGAAACUGCCUGACUUGGAGAUAUCAGGAGGUGUGAGUGCACCGUCUGUGGAGGGUGACUUGUCCAUUCCUCAGGUGUCUGCCGGUCUGGAUACAGAUGUGAAACUACCCAGUGCUGAAUUGGACGUGAAAUUGCCUAGUGUACAGCUGACCGGUCCAGAUCUCGACGUGCAUGGUGUAGCGCCAGAUGCAGGUGUGAGUGCGAGUGUCGACGUUCCCAAACCGCAUAUUUCAAUCAAGGCACCGAAAUUCGGUUUCGGUUUUGGUAAUAAGAAGGCGAAAUUGAAGACACCGAAAGCUGGUGUGAAGGUGGAGGGAGAGGGAGGUGCGAAGGUAGAUUUGGACGCCGGACUGGACGCCCACAUUGAUGGCAAAGCAAGCAAAGGAGGUAAGAAAUUCCACUGGUCUCCGAAGUUCGGGUUCCCGAAGGGUGGUCUGAAGAUAGGUGGUGGUGCCAAAAAGCCGGACGCCUCAAUAUCUGUCUCGGCUCCGACUGGUGGUGUUGAUGUCUCAGUUCCGAAACCCGAUCUCGACGUCUCCUUGGAGGUUCCUGAUGUGGAGGUAUCUGCGUCUGUGCCGGAAAUCGGCGUGUCAGGUGGUGCAGGUAGAGGUGGAGAGUUGGGAGUGACUGGACAGGUCUCGGCUCCCGAUGUGGACGUCAGUGUUCCAUCGAAGAAGUUCACCUUCGGUUGGGGCUCCAAAGGCAAGAAGGCGAAGAAGGCGAAGUUGCCGAAGGUGUCGGGAGACAUAGGUGCUGGUGUCGAUGUCAGUGGGAAGGUUGAUGUUCCGAGUGUUGAGGUUGAUGUGGACGCAGGUGCUCAUGGCAAAGGUAAGAAGUUCAACUGGUCACCUAAAAUCACUUUGCCAAAGUUCAAGAUGCACAUGCCAGAGGUGUCUGGAAAACUGCAUGCAGAUGCACCCGAUGUGAGUGUGAGUGGAACUGGUCCAUCUGUGGAAUUGCCAUCAUUGAGAGCCAGUGGUAAUUUGCCGAGUGUCGACGUGUCCCUUCCAGACGCAUCGUUAACAGGUGAUCUCUCUGGUAAGCUGGAUCUAGAUGGGACUGGCGUGAAGAUCAACGACGCUGAUUUGAAACUGCCUGACUUGGAGAUAUCAGGAGGUGUGAGUGCACCGUCUGUGGAGGGUGACUUGUCCAUUCCUCAGGUGUCUGCCGGUCUGGAUACAGAUGUGAAACUACCCAGUGCUGAAUUGGACGUGAAAUUGCCUAGUGUACAGCUGACCGGUCCAGAUCUCGACGUGCAUGGUGUAGCGCCAGAUGCAGGUGCACCGAAAUUCGGUUUCGGUUUUGGUAAUAAGAAGGCGAAAUUGAAGACACCGAAAGCUGGUGUGAAGGUGGAGGGAGAGGGAGGUGCGAAGGUAGAUUUGGACGCCGGACUGGACGCCCACAUUGAUGGCAAAGCAAGCAAAGGAGGUAAGAAAUUCCACUGGUCUCCGAAGUUCGGGUUCCCGAAGGGUGGUCUGAAGAUAGGUGGUGGUGCCAAAAAGCCGGACGCCUCAAUAUCUGUCUCGGCUCCGACUGGUGGUGUUGAUGUCUCAGUUCCGAAACCCGAUCUCGACGUCUCCUUGGAGGUUCCUGAUGUGGAGGUAUCUGCGUCUGUGCCGGAAAUCGGCGUGUCAGGUGGUGCAGGUAGAGGUGGAGAGUUGGGAGUGACUGGACAGGUCUCGGCUCCCGAUGUGGACGUCAGUGUUCCAUCGAAGAAGUUCACCUUCGGUUGGGGCUCCAAAGGCAAGAAGGCGAAGAAGGCGAAGUUGCCGAAGGUGUCGGGAGACAUAAGUGCUGGUGUCGAUGUCAGUGGGAAGGUUGAUGUUCCGAGUGUUGAGGUUGAUGUGGACGCAGGUGCUCAUGGCAAAGGUAAGAAGUUCAACUGGUCACCUAAAAUCACUUUGCCAAAGUUCAAGAUGCACAUGCCAGAGGUGUCUGGAAAACUGCAUGCAGAUGCACCCGAUGUGAGUGUGAGUGGAACUGGUCCAUCUGUGGAAUUGCCAUCAUUGAGAGCCAGUGGUAAUUUGCCGAGUGUCGACGUGUCCCUUCCAGACGCAUCGUUAACAGGUGAUCUCUCUGACUUGAAUAUUCAUGUGUAUUUGUUUGAAUCUUAUCAAGGAGAACAGGCGAAUGAUUCAUUCAUCAUUUUAUCAAUAAACAAUAAUCGUACACAGUAUGAAUGUAAAGUGAAACAAUGA